GCCCCGUCGGAAGGAGGAACCAGCGGGCAGCUCUCGUGCCCCACAGCUCCCGUUUGUUUUAUGAUCUAAACAGACUUGUCAUUUCCUCCAGAGAAGCUCUCCAACCAGCAGGGCCCACUUUCUUUUUCGCCGUCUCAGGCGAAGUGUGGCUUUCACACUGACGGAUCUGCUGCGAAGCCACAGCACACGUGAAGCUAAGAAUAGCUGAUGGGACGCCGGCAGCAGCAGCAGCGGCAUCGGCGGCGGCCACUGAGGAGGCGAAAGACGCAGGUCCGAGGUCAGACCAGGACGCCCAGAGCAGGGAGACGAGAGCGAGCCGGACAGGCUUUCAGGGCGCCGCUCAUAAGAGCUGAGUCGAGCAGCAGAGCUGAGCUGACUCCUUCUUAUUUGUCUCUGUGGCAUCGCUCACACAAUCUAAAGAGCGCUUUUGGAUGAGGUUCAACCAGGUAAAUCACAAGCAAACGUGCACUGAACGGCCCUCCUCCCACUUCCACUGCCUCUCCACACGCGCACACACUCAAGUCCAUUAAUUAUUGGACACGUUCCCGAUUCACGUUCUGGGUUCAUAACCAAACUCCCCACUGCUGUUUUUCCGUUGAGGGAGUAAAGUUUGUAUUUCCGCCUGCACAGGACAAACCGGGACAGCGGUUUGUGUGUUGUCUCAACAGUCGCUUGGACUUGUUACCAGGCCCAAAAAGUAGUAGUUGUUUUGUAUUGAGAUUCAUGUUAGCCCUGUAUUUACAUGAUCAUCUUAUCAAAUGAAUGUAAUGUCAGCUCAACACUUCUGCUGUGCUUCACCUUCCCAAAACAGUACGGCAACCAUAGGAAGAAGGACGUCAGUGGAUUAGUCUUUUGGCUGCUCUUCAAACUUGACUUUAUUGACCACUUCAGCAUUUCAGGGAGAAACCUGGAGACGAUCCAGGUUUUAAAAUUCCGGGACUUACUCACAUUUAUCAUCGUAGUAUAAGUGUCGACACGAAGAGGCGGAUUCCAGAGUCAAACUCACCACGAGAACCGUUUAGUAGCUGAUUCACGUUAAGAUAUUGAUCCAGCGGUUCAAUCAGAAUUCUUUCCUUUACACUCAAUAAAAUAACGUAAGUGCCGGAGAAGAACACGGUGUUUAAACACGAUAAGCAACACUUUUACCUCGUCACAGUUCUGCAGCAGCGUGGCUGAAUGCUGCACAACUGUUCACUUUUUGACACUUUUGUUUGACAUAACGUCCCACGAGCAAAACACAUAUUGUUUGUGUAUUCAUUGUGCACACAUGAUUGUGUCGUGUGGUCUGUUUGUUGUUUUUUUCUCCUGAAAAAAAAGUGGUGCCACAAAUGCAAAACUACAGGAGCAUUAAAUCUUAAUCUGAAAGGAAUCUUUUCAUAGCAAUUCUCUAUUACGGUAAACAGCAAACAUUGAAAAGGAACACAUAAAACCGCGAUGACAAACGCGUAUUGUCUCUUCUAUUGUAAAAUACAAGACUGUGAGGAAACAGCGAGUGAUGCUUUCUGUCAGCACAUGUUAUGGACCGGACCCCACGGUGUACUUACCCAUAACUAGAGGGAGGUCAGGGUGGGCUUCUUUAGGCCCGACCUUGAGUCCUGAAGUGUGUGUGUGUGUGUGUGUGUGUGCGUGUGCAUCUCAGUCGACUUGGACGAACUUCCUUUGAAAGCACCCGUCACCGUGUCAGUGGGCCGGAGAGGCCCGAGGUCGUUUCCCCCCUUAAAGUACUGCGUUCUGUGAGUCAUAAUGCGUAACAGGAAAAGCAAAGCAAUCUCUUUUUUUCCCCCCAACAAAUAAUUAUUUAUUGAUUUCCUGACCAGCGAGCCCACGUGUUGCGCGGCCGUGUGCGCGCUGUGUAACAGCAGUAUAACUCAAAGAGACUGACGCGUUUUAUGGGUUUGUGGAGGAAAUACAAGCGCGCUGGUUUCCACGUUAUGGGCGUAAACAGCGGCCGAUAUCAUCAGGCUCCGUCUAUCCAUAUUCAUGAAGUACCGAGGGUAUCGCAAUCUCUCCUCUGCGGGUCUUUUGUUGCUUUGAUAAUCUCCCUCAGACCUGAGCAGGGCUCGUGUGCAUGCAGAGCAGCAGAAACACUGACUGUUUCUGUUACUAUCAAGGUAAACGCUCUGUGGGAUAAACCUGCACAUUCUUCUCCUCUAUUUCUGUCCUCCUGUGUAAAAGUAGACAGAAACUCAUUUAUAGGCCACAGGGGAAACCUGCAUUACAGAUCAGGAGCGGGCGGUUUGAGGGAGCGAACAUAGCGUUUAGCUUUUGGAGGUUGAUUGGUGCUGCCUCCUUGUUUUUAGCUCCGGUCCUCCAGCAUCGUCGGUUGCCGCUCGAUUUAGAGGUUAAUGUUUUGUUUUCGUUCUUCUUUAAAUACAACAAAUGCAACUAAUGGGAUCCCAGGGCAAACAGACCCGGAUGCACCACAAGAACAUGUUGUAGAGAAAUAAAUGCGGAGGCACUUUACAGUCGGCGUUUACGAUGUAAUUUAAGAUGUGCAUUGAAAGCCAAGCGAUUCCUAAGGAGAUGAUAACGAGGAAGAGGAGUGCCUUCUUCUCAAAGAUCCUUUGUGGAGCGAUGGCUGCUGCUGCUGCUGCUGCAGGGAGGCGGAUGAGGAGGCACAGCGCGGCACAGGGACAUGGAAGAAAUCCAAUGUAGUCGCUCAUACUGAGGUCAGAUCGCAAACAAAACAACAACAAAAAACACAUUAUUGGCUUUUAAUUUCGGGGCAUUUUCCCUGGCAGUGUGAACGUGGCCACAGCAUUUUCAUAGCUUCACAGCAGAGAUGCAGAAGAUAAGCUAUUAUCCUAUUUCCUGUUCCUGUUCCCAAUCUUUUUGGGGUCAUUGAAAUAUACCUUAAAGCAAUCCCUCGUAAUGCAAACUACACGUUUAUGGCGUCUCCAAUGAGAGCAAACACUGCGUCUGUAAAACCACGUUUGUGGAGCCGCUGGCUUUAUAACACGAGUCACAUUUACAGCCGCUCUCAACCCGCACGUCUGUCAGCAUCGUGUUCCCCGGGGCGGCCCUCUCAUCCAGGGAGGAUCGCUCCCUGGACUCCCGUUUGCUGAAUGAGCGUCACGUGUCGGUUGUGGUGCCGCUCAGGCGCGUCCUUUGGGUGGCAGUAAAACUCCUUCACUCCUUUCGCCGCUGCUGCUGAUUUCAAUCACGUAACCCAGCAACGGGUUUUAAAGCAGCAUGUGAAGAAACUUUUUAACUGCAAAACAAUAACACUGAUUUUAGCAUGUUGUGCUGCUUUGUCUAUUUGCAUCUGAAGGUUUCUCCCAAAGUCCCAUCGGUCACUUUAAAAAGCAUUUCUUAAACACUAAAUUUUCUCUCUAAAUGAGUUUUCUCUCAGACUCACAUCCAGAGAUCAGACUUCAGUAACACUUCAGUAGCUCUCACGUGCAGCAGACUUUCACACCAGCUUUAUCAACUGUUUAGAUUUCUGUUAUGGAGAUAAAGUAGCAUAUAUUUGAUAAGGGAAUGCCAUAUUUGCACGGAAACUCUCUUAAUGUAAAUUAUUAACCUGUGAAGUUUCAUGGUGAUGUGUAUUAGUGACAUUUGCUUUACUCCCCCUUCAUUUGUGCCAUUUCACGGUCCACAUGUUGGCACAAAAUCUCCUUCUUAGACCUUCAUUUAAACACAGAAUAGAGCCCCGAACACACAAAUCAGCUUCACUGAUCACGGCACAUUCGGCAAACCUUUUACAGGACAAAACAGCAGAUGAACGAUCCUCCGAGAGACCGAGCUAAAGCGGACUCUUCACAGAAGAGAGAUAAUGGGAAUCAUGGGAGAAAUGAUGUCAUCAUUAUGUAAUUCCCCCGUCGUCGGGUCCACCUGUUGUGCUCAGGAUGGACGGCCGUGGAGCAGCACAAUGGCAGUAAAUAGAGCGCGUCGGUGCCCAGUUGGUGUGGAGGAGAACCUCCCCACCUCCACACUGCUGCGUGUGUUUGUGCUUUUCAUGCUGGCGAGCACUGGUUCUGAAUCAGCUUCCUGUCCAGUGAGAUGAGCGGACUUGAGUGUGCAGCUCAAAGUGCCUUUAGUGCCAAGGAGGACUCGACUUUUGUAGCGGUAACUAAAUAUGUUAAGAUUUGAUCUCAAUAAAAUAUAAAACCAAAUAUUCUUCUUUAGAUCUAAACUCUCUUCUUUAUGUUAACAAAUCUUUACUAUUACUGAGGGCUGAUGUAUUUUAAUACUUCUCAGUAUUUUCACAUUAUUCUAGUUUUGUUUUAGGCUCCACAUGCUUGCAUUUGACAGAAUUUUCUUCAAUAUGAUGAACAUGUGUAUAAAGGGUCAUUUAUUAUAAAGACUUUUUAGUCUGAUCAAAAUCUCCAUGAUCUUAAUUGCAACUGGAAAGGGGAACAUUUUCAUAAAACACUUAUAGUGAUGAUUUAUAGACACUUUAUAGAAACUGGUCCGCAUUUUCCACCUUGACAGAUGCCAAGUAUCAUCUCUGGAAAUAUUCCAAGGAACAAUCAGGACUUUCACUACACUAUUCAGGAUGGAACGACACGUCUUAACUUAUAUAUACUGAUAAUAAUGCAAUCUCGUAAAAGUGUGAACAUUCCAACCUCUUCCAAAAUAAGAGCACCCACUUUAGAAAUGAGAAACGUCCUAUAGCUUCACCUAAAGAGAUGCAUCCGUUGACUUUUUCCAAGGAGACUGCCGAUCAUUUCAUAAUUCUGCCUCUGUUUGUAAAUGGAACUGGCAGCCUGUUGAGCAUCAGGUCUCCACUAAAGAAGGAAUUAAGAGUCGCGGCUGCACGUUGAAACUAUCUGAAUAAUCAUCACUAGCGCUGAUCUCUGCAGCCUUCUGUGAGUAUUGAAAUAAUCCCAUCGGUACACAAAUAAUCAAAUACGUUGGUCCAUUGUGGCGUUUGGGCAGCUUAUGUUUGAUGGGGUGGGGACAAUAAACACGUAAUGGUGGGCUUAUCCCCUCGGAUGCGUAAUUGGAGCUCGUGCCAAGAGCAAGGAUUCAAAACCAACUGGCCAUCUGCGCAACGGGCGGAGUUUGUUCCGACAGGAUCCCCGCGACGCGUCGCCCAGUUCACAUUUUUACGCACAACGCGGACGCGCGGAACACAUCAGAGUCCGAGCGGCUCUUGGUCUCGUUAUGUUGCUUCCACUUGGGGUGCAGCUGUGAGCGUUCUCUUUUCGCCCUUCUUCUUUUCGUACCGGUUUACUGCCCCCCCCCCCCUCCUCGGACCUACGGCGUUGACUCAUCUUUCGGCUUCUCCUCCGCCGCGCGUAAAACCCGACUUCGGCGCACCACGGGGACUUUUCGGGACUCAAGAUGGAAAACUUUACAGCGGCCGCUCCGGAGCUGAACGGAACCCUUGGUCGGUGGACGGACUACAGCCUCCAGUACAAAGUGAUAAGCAGUGUACUGCUUCUGGUGAUCUGCGCGGCAGGCAUCGUCGGCAACGUGAUGGUGGUGCUGGUGGUGCUCACGACCAAGCACAUGAGGACUCCGACCAACUGCUACCUGGUGAGUCUGGCGGUGGCCGAUCUGAUGGUGCUGAGCGCGGCCGGUCUGCCGACCAUCACCGACAGCAUCUUCGGCUCGUGGGUGUUCGGCCACUACGGCUGCCUCGGCAUCACCUACUUCCAGUACCUCGGGAUCAACGCGUCCUCGUGCUCCAUCACCGCGUUCACCAUAGAGAGGUACAUCGCCAUCUGUCACCCGAUCAAAGCGCAGUUCCUGUGCACGCUGUCCCGGGCCAAGAAGAUCAUUCUGGUCGUGUGGGCGUUCACGUCCCUGUACUGCCUGAUGUGGUUCUACCUGUCGGACAUCCAGCAGCUGGUGUACGACAACGUCACCAUCGUCGCGUGCGGGUACAAGGUUCCCCGGAAGUUCUACAUGCCGAUUUACUUUUUUGACUUCGGCGUCUUCUUCGUGGUGCCGCUGCUGGUCUCCGCGGUCCUGUACGGACUCAUCGGCCGGAUUCUCUUCCUCAACCCGCUGCCCUCUGACCCCAAGGACAAGAGGAAGAAGAAGAAGAAGAAGAAGAAGAACGAGCCGAGCAACGGCGCCAACGACACGAGGAACAGCUGCAGGAACUCGCGCCACUCCAGCUCCACGGCGACCUCGCGCCGCCAGGUGACCAAGAUGCUGGCCGUGGUGGUGAUCCUGUUCGCCGUGCUCUGGAUGCCGUACCGCACUCUGGUGGUGGUCAACUCCUUCCUGGACCGCGCCUACCUGGACAGCUGGUUCCUGCUCUUCUGCCGCGUGUGCGUCUACCUCAACAGCGCCGUCAACCCGGUCAUCUACAACGCCAUGUCGCAGAAGUUCCGCGCCGCCUUCCGCAAGAUAUGCCGCUGCAGGAGGAAAGGCUGCGACAAGCCCGCCGCCUACAGCGCGGCCCUCACCUACAGCGCGGCCAAGGACACGUCGAUGGUGGAGAGCGCCGACCCCUUCACCACCGAGCUGGAGGAGCUCACCGUCACGGACGAGCUGCUGUCCGACCAGAAGACGAUGUUCCCAGACACCUGUGCGUACGAGAAGGUGGACUUCAGCGACGCGUGAGGUCCAUUGCAACCCACGUUUCAGAAUUAAGGAGUUUGAAAAUGUGGUGCGAUGGUUUCCGCGAAGCGGGAAUAGUGUUUGCCGAGUUCUUGCUUACCUUUGCAAAGCCGAGCGACUUUGGAUGGAUGUGUCAACACGAGAGGCUCUACGAGGGCCGAGAAGGAUUCCGGACGUUGUAAAGCGGCUAACGCCAACAGAUAAGCUCGGUUAUGGCGCAGCUGUUAUCUCACCUCGGACCUGACUUUGUGAUAAACUGCGCGCGGUUCAACAAAGACAGAAACACUGUGUAUCCGGAUACACGGCUUUGUCGCCACAAUCAGACUGGACACUAAAAGAAUUACACCAACGAGUGCGGCUCGGGGCUCAGAAUUCAUUCCUCACCUUCUGAUUCCCCGUUUUCCAGGAGUGGAAUUCGGUGCGGGUCGGCUUUGUACAGACUUUGGGGAUUUUAGGCUGAGAAAAAAACGGUUAUUUUUCACACCGAAGGGUAACUUUAAUAAAGUGUUUGCCACCCGUCUCCCGCUCAAAGUUUUCAGGGCAGACAGCCUAUAAAAGGUGAGUCAUGCCUGAACCUUCACAGCAGGCUCUGUUUUCAUUACAAAGGCCUCGAGGCACCACGUGAGAACCAAGACGGACUUUGUGGCGCGGGUUUGUGUCUUUGCAGAGAUCUCCUGAUGGGUUCAUUGUGUGCUCGCUGACGGACUUGGAGGCGGAAGAACAUUUCAAUUCUAACAGGCUCAGAAUGAGGUUUAUUGUGUUGUUUUAGCUCCCACAGCAUCUACCUGUUUAGUUAUACGUAUUAAUGGGUUUUUCGUUUGUGAGCGAGUUGAGAAAAGGGAACAUUUCAGAGAUGUUAGAAAUGUUUAUGAACUUGACACAUAUUAAUACAGAAUUUGUUAGAACGUAUAAACUCGUAAAUUAGACGAAAUGAUAACUGUUUGAGCAGCUCGGUGCUUAUGAACCUCAAUGUAUUACAAUGUAAAAGACUGUAUAUAGACAGAGACUUAGUGUAACAUAAAGGACAUGGAUGUAUUUCAGCUGCAGCUCUAGUGCGACAGUUUCUGCUUAGUGAUUGUACCAAUACUGUAAACGCCCUGAGUAUCACUAGAUUCAUGCACUUGUGUGUUUGUUGUAUUUAAAGUGGUAUUUAUUAAUCUGUAUAUUUUUAAUGCCACCCUGGAUUUUGUUAUUGUCCUUUAAAACAUUAUAAAUGGGAUUUUGUGCUGAACAAUUUGGAAGCUGCUGCCUUGGACUUCAUUAUUUAAUCCUGUGAGUAUAUUUGAUUGUUGUCUAGGAAAAAGUAACUUGUACAUUUUAUCUUCAUGUUCAAUAAAAAAGUUGUUCCUGAAA